AUGCUGCGUACCAUGGACAAACCCCAGUCGCAACCACAGCAGCUGGCUCAUUCUCCUGGGUUUGACAUGUCCUCCAACGCCUCCUCGGACUUGCAACAGCAGCACUUUCAGCAUCAUCAACAACAACAACAACAACAACAACAACAACAACAACACCACCACCACCACCAACAACAACAACAACAACAACACCACCACCACCAACAACAACAACAACAACAACAACAACAACCACCACCACCAACAACAACAACAACAACAACAACACACCACCACCAACAACAACAACAACAACAACAACACCACCAACAACAGCAUCAACUCGAACAAUUUCAGCAGCAGCAGCAGCAGCACGCAAGUGCGCUUUCCUCACCCGUUACAGCACAGCCUCCGGAUUCGCAAUCUAAUGCUGUUAAUCUGUCAGCGCACUUUUCGCAGGAUCAGCACAUGCAGCAAGCGCAUGCACAACAGGAUGGCACUUCUACUGUCCAGCAGCCUACAACGCCGCAGCAGGCCAGAUUGCACAAUCAAACACAACAGUCCUACUCGGCGCUGUCCUCGCCCUUGCAGCAGCAAGUCAACGCACAACAUUUGCAAAUGUCUCAGCAGCAAUCAAUGCAGUCGAUCCAACACGAAGCCCAGCAGCAAGUUCAGCAAGCUCAACAAGCUCAGCAAGCCAGCCAACAGCAGCAGCAGCAGCGUCAACAAGAGCAGUCGCAAGGCAACACUCAACCUCAGAUGAUGCCAAUGCAAUUGACACAACCAGCACAUCCAGCACAGUUGCAAGCGAUGUCCCAGCCCCAAACCGCAGCCGUGACAGCUUCCGCGGUCAAUGAUGCUGCACAAAGGCCUUCCAUGUCCACACAUCAGCGUUCCCUCUCGUUGGGCUUGCACUUGCACCAGUUGGCGUCGCAACCCAUGCCUCAGCAUUCCGUGCCUGCCUCUGCUGACACUUUGCAGUCAUUCGAUUGGCCAGCUGCUCCGACACAGAAUCAAUUGCUCAUGUCGGCGACACCUGCUCAGGGCGGCGAACCUUUCAACCCUGGUCAUCAGCGAGCUGCCUCUCACAGCAUCGGUCCAACACCUGCGAUAGCAAUGCAAGCGAUGCACAUGAACAUGCAAGCUCUUCCUUCCGCAUCCAUCGACGCAUCGCCUUCCCAAGCACAGGCCCAGGCUCAGGCGCAAGUUCAGGCGCAAGCUCAGUUGCAGGCACAGGCGCAGAUACAGGCCCAACUACAAGCCCAGGCUCAGGUCCAAGCCCAGCUUCAGGCGCAGGCACAGAUGCAAGCUCAAGCACAGCAGGCGCAAGCUGCAGCGAUUCGUGCCGCAUCUGCGUCCACACAGCAGCCCACGGCGCAGCACUCGGAAUUGAUGAACCAGAUUGCAAAGCUGCUGGACGAUGUUGUGUUGCAAGCCAACAGAGCUCGAGAGUCGUACCACAAAGGUGAUGCUAUGCUCAGCAACCGCUGUCUUGGUGAUUUGCAGAAAGACUUGCAACACCUGCAGCAUCUCUCGCACCGCAACUUUGCGCAAGCAGCGCCCGCAUCUGCACCCGCUGCGGCCUUGCCCACGCAGUCCUUUGCGGACGUAUCGUUCGCGACCCAUCCCAUGCAGGCGCACCAGCAGCAGCAACAACAACAACAACAACACCAGCAGGUCGUCCAAAACGGCUUGGCUCCUGCAUUGACGCUCGAGCAGGGUCUCUCACGGACGGAAGCUCAACAACAUAAUCAUCAGCAGCAGCAGCAGCAGCAGCAACAACAGGACAUGCAACCGCUCGAGAAUCUCACCCUCAGUAAGAUGCAAGGCUCCCUGCAACAGCAGCACCAACAGCAGACGGCGGGCCCCGUGGAAGUCAUUCACAGUGGUCAGGUGAGUCCGAUUGUCCGUAAGAGGCCUGUCGAAUCUGACAAUGAUCUGGCGGAGCAGCGCUUCAAGUCGCAGCGCUCGGAAAUAGCGACGCCAAUUCAUCCUCCUCCAGCUCCACCUUCGGCGCCACCCACCAUAGCAGGCUCGAAUGCGGCCAUGUCGCACAUCCAGCCACCACUGCCACCCCAGAGUGCUCCACCUCCCCGGAUAUUGACCAGACUCUCAGGUGUUCCCGCUUCUAACACGCUUCUUGCUCAGGCCACCGCUUCGCUCUCUAACGGCGUGCAGUCGCUCAAUGCAUCUCCCACAACACCGCAGACGCCUUUCGAGUUCCCUCAGGCACAGCAAACCUUGUCUACCGCGAUGAAUGGAAGCGCCAUCCCGCAGUCCAUGCCUUCAAGCCCAGCGGUGCGACAGCAUGGUCACAUGCGCGGAGGCUCCCUGCACGACGCGAUGACCAUGAUGACACCGCCGCCUAUUCAGAGACAGACAGGCGCGGCCGAGAAUGCGUUCGCAAACUGUGGCGAUCGUGCCUCCGCCAAGAUCUCAAGGAGUGCUCUGCAGAUGUCUGCUAUCUCUAGCAACAACACUUCUGCCAACCAAUCUGCCGUUGAUUCUGGUCCCUCUUCUCCUGACGAGUCGUACAGCAACGGCGACAGCGGAGACGAAGGCAACCUGACUGGUGAGACGAAAGAGCGUCAUUUAACCAAGCACCGUCGACACCGCAGUAGCGGCUUCUUCUCCAGCGGUGCAUCGUUCGACUUUGGAGCUCCCGAAGACGGCGGAAACGCAGGAGACAACUCGACGAGCAAUGCGGACAAGAACGGUCCCAGCACCGUCCUUUCUCCCGAGCUUCGGAGCAAGCUCGAGACCAUCUUCCAUGAUUUCCUUACGGCUGUCUGUUCCGAUCUCGAAAUCACCGAUGACCGUGGCGAGCUCUUGCACCAGACCUUGAUGCCCAAGAAGAUGGCCAGGCUUGAUGAGUCGCCCGACUUCCGUCCCUUCAAGUUCCGCAUUCAGGCCUUCACCAACGCUUUCCAGGCAGAGGUAUACCGCAACGGCAUCAGCGAGGCCGAAUGCUCGAUCAAGAAGAUUAAGCAGUUCCUGUGGACACAGCCCUACAUCUCGCGCUUCAACGAGGACGGCAAGAAGGCCAAGUCGAAGGGUAAUCACAUUUGGAUCGUCGAGGCGAAGAAGAUCCCCGAGGGUGGCUGGCAGUUCCGCGAGUUCACUCGCAAGAUCGCUGGCGCGCCCGAGAAGAUCGCCUACGUCGGCCUCAAGUGGACCUGGCCGCUCAAGGUCUGGGACCCUCAGGCUUCAUCGACGAGCAUCAAGGCUGUCUUCUCUUGCAACAAGGUGCCGUCUUGGAUCCACUGGGAGGAGAACAACAAGGUGCUGACGGGCACACCGACCGCCGGCAGUGAAAGCGGCGAGGUGAGUGUCACUGCUCAUUAUGUCCACAGCGGACAGCUGCAUCAGCUUCAGCAUUCAUUCUACUUGCAGGUCGCAUCGAUUGCGGCUGACGAUCUGCAGGCCACCGAUGCCAAGCCUUCAGCUGGCACUGGUGCUCUCGCAUCUGAGCUCUCUACCGGCAUCAAUGGAGCGCCACCUCGCCAAAACGUACCUGUCGAUGCCACCGGCAUAUCGGCGGCUCCGGUCAUGUCCAACAUGAUGCCACACCCGAUGCAGCAGAAUCUGCCACCACCAGGCCACGCUUUCAUCAACGGGCAACCACCGGCCAACUUCCCCAAUGAGUCGAUCAAUCACCAGGUUGUCGAGCCAUCCAAGGUGCCCGCAGUCCUCAACGCCAUCUCGUUCCCCUUCACGCCUCCCGUGCAUUCUGACGCUCGCCCACAAUACUUUCAGUCGCUGAACAACGAAGCAGCGAUGCUGACGCCGCAGCUCUCGGAUGUUCCGGGCACUGGGCCUGAUGCUGGCGGGGGAGGCUCGCAGCUCUCGUCUGCCAUGGUUUCGCCGAUGCCACCCAAGAUGAAUCACAACCCCUUCCGAAGCGCACCUGCUCUGCAGCUCGCUAAUGCCCCGUCACUGCAGGCCCCAGCUUCGUCGCAGGCACUCCAGCAGCAUCUGCAGUCGGGUGUAGUGCUCCCGCCGCAGUCAGCCCCGAUGAUAGCUUCGCAGCCCGCGAUGCAGCAGCAUCAGCAUCAGCAGCAACAUCACACUGACAAGGCCUCGAGCGAAGAAAUUCAAGUGCAUCAGGUUCGAAGCACGAUUGAGAGGAAGCAGCAGGCGCAAAUAGCCAACUUUAUGCUUUCGAUCCCAACUCGCAAGGCCGCUAUCGCUGCCGAGGCUGCGCGUCCAGUGUCGGGUCAGACCACCCCUAUGUCUUCGAUGCCGAUGGAGAUGGCAGCGCAGCUUCCAGCCUUGAACUCGCUUCCUCCCAACGAGUCGAUGGCCAGCAGCAUGACACCCAAUGCCCUCAAUGCUGAUGCUACGCUUUCCCCUGCUCUCAAUGUUGGCUUUGACGCUCUCGGAGAGGCCGGAAUGCAGCUUGGACUUCAAGGCGAACAGCAAAAUCAGUCUCAACAGGGCCAAUAG